ACGUGACGCCCCUCCUUGUGCGAGGCCGGGAGCUGCCGGGGGGGCCCUGAGGCUCGGAUGGGGGGAGCAGCCGCCCCCAUGCCCUGCCCUGACCCGACCCGAUCCCCUCACUCACUCUCUCGGCUCGGGGUGGGCAGAGGUUAUGCCGGCUCCCCCCCGGCGCCUCACUGCCCUCCCUCCCAUUCUUUCCCCUUGAGGGAAGGCCUUAAACGGGGGUCGUCAGCCCUGCGAGAAACCUCAGCGGCGACGUCCACGGGGGGGUCCGCGGGGGUUUUGCUGCCGCCCGUGGCUGGGGUUAAAGGCACCUCCCAGCCCGCUGUAAGGGCUUCAGGUCUGCGUUAAAGGACCUAAGCUGGGAACCGUCAUCCAACUCUCUGAAGGCAUCUUAUGAAGACUGGCUGCUGUCAUAUGGCUUGAGUGUCUCUCCUUUUCACAUGCGAUGGCAAACAGCGCUCUUCAACCGCCAGUUCUACAACUGGGGGAGAUGGAAACCCAAAUUUCUCUAUUUGUGGUUCAGCAUAGGAAUGGUGUUUGGUAUAGUUGCCAUGUUUGGCUCUGUUAUCCUUCUUGGAAAGACAUUGAUGCAAACACUGACACAGAUGCUCACUGAAGCACCAAAAGCCCAGAAUGAUCGUAUGCUGCAAGUUGUGGUGCCUGGUGUAAAUUUGCCUGUCAGCCAGCUGACCUAUUUCUUCUCUGCAAUCCUCAUCAGUGGUGUGAUACAUGAAGUCGGCCAUGGGGUGGCAGCUAUUCGGGAACAAGUUCGAUUUAAUGGAUUUGGGAUUUUUAUCUUCAUUGUCUAUCCUGGAGCAUUUGUUGACCUCUUCACAACUCACUUACAGUUGAUAUCUCCAAUCCAACAAUUAAGGAUAUUUUGUGCAGGAGUGUGGCAUAAUUUUGUUCUUGGUGUUGCAAGUUUCAUGGUUUUGUUUCUGCUGCCAGCCAUUCUUUUCCCUUUCUAUUACACGGGUGUUGGGGCACUUGUCACUGAGGUUGCAGAGGAUUCUCCUGCCAAUGGGCCAAGAGGUCUUUUUGUGGGAGACCUUGUCACUAACAUACAAGAUUGCCCAAUUUAUAGUGUGGAAGACUGGAAUUCCUGUCUGGGAGACAUUUCAGAGAAGUCACAGGUUGGCUACUGUGUAAGUGCAGCCACCCUACAGCAGUUAAGCUUUCCAGCUAGAGUAUACAGAAGACUUGAUGGCACAGUGGAAUGUUGUAGUAACAACAGUCUCACAGACAUUUGCUUUUCAUAUAGCAAUAACUUGGACAGCAACUUGUAUGCCUGUCUGCCAGCACGAAAAGUUAUUGAGGCCAGCAAAGUUUGUCGAACCAACAUGGACUGCCAAAAGGACUUUGUUCCAAGCUUUUGUGUGACUCCUUCUUUGGAGAACCAAACAAGGCUGAUCAGGGUAAAGCAUCCACCCCAUAUUGACAUGCUGUUUGUAGGACACCCCAUGCAUCUUCAGUACACAGUAAGUCUCAGCAGUUUUGUACCAAGACAAAACUUCCUAAGCAUAGAUCUGCCUGUGGUGAUAGAGACGUUCUGCAAAUACCUAAUUUCAUUGUCAGGAGCACUGGCAGUUAUCAAUGCUGUCCCCUGCUUCGCUUUGGAUGGUCAGUGGAUAUUAAAUUCAUUCCUGGAAGCCACUUUGAGCUCCCUGAUUGUAGAAAAACAAAACAGAGAGCUUGUUGGCUUUGUAAUUUUGCUUGCUGGUAGUGCACUUUUGGCUGCCAACGUUGCACUGGGAUUUUGGAUGGUGACAGCACGAUAGAACAUUGGAUAUGUUUCCAUCAGCUCUUAAAUUACACAGAAAUAAUGAACCCAUUGCCUUUUAAAACUUGUUCAUUACUGAGACUGAAAAAAAUUCCCUUAAAGUGACACUGAAAGAACAUUUGCUGGUGACUGCUGAUUUAAUUUAAAUCUGUACAUCAUUGUGCCUGUGGUCAUGGGAAAACUAAUAAAAGGAAGUAGAAACCUUUUUAUAUACUCUUUAAGGACUGUACUAAUUUUGGAGAAAUUGCAUUUUAAAGUUUCAUAUGAAAAAGCCUAAGACUUCAUUAAUUUAGAAUCUCAAAGUUAUUUGGCCUCGAACAUUUUUAAAGUGUGAGAAAAACAACCCACUUAGGUUUUAUUUGAUAAUUUGAAUAAUUGUCAGCAAAUCUCUGCGGGCUGUGAUCAUUUCUCAGUCAGCAUAAUCUUGAGUUUCACAUUUAUUUUUUUUCAAUCUGGUUUUCUACCAGACUGAAUCCUAAGAAGCCGUAAAGUCUGAUCUCAGAAUGGUGAAAAGCUAAGUAAAUGAUUCCCAUCUGUUGAUGAGGAGAGGGAGGCCAUAUGGGUUAGUAACUUUGCUUUUCAGCUGGCCAGAAUGACUGGAGGCAUGUUGUCCUUAGGAUGUAGAUGAGAAGUGGCAACAUCUGCUGAGGCUGAGGCAUGGGGGAGGAUAACAAAACCCACAUGUCUGCUUCUUAAACAUUCAGUUGUAUAUUAUCAUACACAGCUGAAGAUUUUUUGUAAAGGCAAUAUUUGUCAGCAAUAGCUACAAGAUAACUGAAUUUUAGUUUCUGAGUGCUUAAGUAUGCUGUGCACAAUUAUUCCUAAGUGGUAAGUGAUGUCUGUGUUGUUUUAUUCGGAAAAUAAUAUACUGUGUUAUACCUGUUUACAGUUAAAAGUGAAACCUGUUGUUUUUAUGAUGUCUGUCUCCUGAUGUAAUAUGUACAGUAACUCACUGAUGGUUUUGUGUCUUUUAAAAGGUUGAUUUUCUUUGCUAGGAUUCAUCCUAUUCAAAGAUAGUUAACAAAGAUGUUAAGCUGAAGCUGGUCUUGGAUCAGAAAUGUUUACAGGAAGAAUGAUUGUGAAUUGAACAUUUAAACUUUUGGCUUUGCUUUCUGAAAUGAAUAUGGACCAUAUUCUUUUUCUUAAAUGAACAGUGGAGGAACAGUCUGUGUUGUGCCAACUGAAGUAUCUCUGGCAUACUUUGAAGUUCUUUAGUAAUAUUUUGUACCUGAUAGGAUUAUAUAUUAACAUGUCCUCCUGUAAUAUAUUGCCUAGUUUAUAUAAAUCGGGUUCAUCCAGCUGCUUGCCUCAGGACAUUAAAAAAAAAAAAAGGCUCUAAUUUGAGAACCUGUAUAUUUGAAAUGGAGACAUUUUGAAAAAUACCCUGCUGCUUCUGUGUUGUACAGUGCUCCCCACAAGAGCUGCUGCAGCUCAGAAUUUCUUUACAGAAAUGACCUUUCCAUCAGAAGCUGAAGUGCAAGCCAAGCUCACAGAUGCUGGCCUGUAGGUAGUACUAAGCAUUCAUGGCCAGCUAACGUAGAUUCAUUAGAGGCAUUAGAGGUAGAAGCCUGGAUAAUUCUGAAAGCGGGGUUGAGCCCAAUUCCUGGUGCUACUGCUUGGACUCCUAGAGUCAUAGAAUCCUUUUGGCUGGAAAAAACCUUUAAGAUCAUCAGGUCCAACCAUUAACCCAGCAGUGCCAAGUGCAUCACUUCGUAACUAUGAUGUUUGCAUUUUGCAGCUGACAUGUUACUGCAUUUUUGCACAGUAGUCUUCACACCUUACUGAAGAUGUAGUCUUAUGAUGAUGAAAAGAGUAAUGAGAGAGAGCAUGUUUGUUUAUUUGUUUUUGUGUUAGUUUACUGGUGCUGUCACAGGCUGGGUGGGCCUCAUGAAGUUCAUCUCCAUGGGGCAGUAGGCACGUGCCUCUCAUUUUCAAUCAUUUCAACCCAGGCAUGUCAGCACACAUCCCAGUAAAAGAGUAAAUCCUCCACUCAGUCCAGCGUGAGCUGGUCUUUUCAGGGACUGUUAAAAGUCACACAAAGUGCAAGAAAGAAAGAACAGACUAUCAGCAACUGCAGUUCUGAUGAGGCACUCUGCCAUCAUUCCAUGAAGAAGAGGCAUAGGAGCAGCCCGGUUCCAAAGCUGUCCUCCAGAACCCUGCUCAUUUGCCUAAGUGGCUGCUUACUGAUCUGAGCACUUACUAAGCUUAGUGGCUCUCUGCCACUUUUCCUCUGUCUUGUCCAAGCUACAGUGCACAAAAUUGAUUUGCACUUAGGAGUUUUAAUGCAGCUCAGUAAGACAGGAUAGCUGUGUUUUAAACCAGCUACUAUUUAUGUGUCAGUGCUGCAGUGCUGUCCUGAUAACCUAUCUAUGGUGAUUUCAAAAAUAUUCUAGGAAGAACAUUUCAAAUCUGAUACUGUCUAUAUUCAUGUUGACUGCAGCUGCUUGGGACAAUCUUUUAGCAUAGUGUAUCUCCUGGAAAUGUAGGUAAGAGAUUCAAAUAAACAAAGUUUCUGAAUUAGCAUAUGUAAAUUAUGUCUGCUGUACUGAGGCUGUCAGGUUGUUCCUGGCUAUUUAAACCAAAACAUAACGUUUUAUCAAAGGACACUUAAUCCAGUUUAUUUUACUUUACACAGUCGUGGAAAGCCACAUUUAUACUAAGUAGAACUUCACACUGUGUUUGACCUGAUAAUCAGAAAGAGGGUGAAGACACAGGUAAUGGUUUUAGCAAAAGAGACACACUAGUACACUCUAAAGAUCCUGGCUAUCUUUUAUGGGAGAGAUAGUACUAGAACUGUCUAAAAAUAAUUUUUAGUCCCUUUCUCCAUGUGCUGGAUUUCUACUGAAUCAGGUUUGAUGUAGGUAUGUAAGUAUAUAUUUUAAUCAAGACUUCAAGCAAACUGGGUAUGAAUGGUGACCCAGCACAUCUCACACCUGUGGACAAAGGUAACAGCUAAGUUGGACCACUCUCUUGUUCAGUGGAUCUCUUUUGUUUUCCUGUGAUGGUAGCAUGUGUAUUAAAUUCUGAUAAGCAAGUGCCAGACAUAGAGUUAGUGGGAGGGGUUUUGCUGGGUUUUUGUUUGUUUAGCAGAGAGAACCCAGAAGGACACAAUGGUUUUUGUGUGUUGGAUUUUUAUUCUGUAGUAUUUGCAAUGUUUCUUCUAUUUCUGUUUUUGUAAAAAUUGAAAGGAAGCCUUUCCUUAAAAUGAAGUCUUUCUCCUCAUUCUAAUUAGCCCCUCAGAAUGUAAAGUAUUCUUUAAUACAGAGUCCAUCAAUAUAAUUAUAGCACAUACUGAUUUGAGUAUAAAACAGAACACUCUUAAAGAUUGGAUGGAUACUACUAUUUAUGUAUAUAUUAUGCAUUUGAAAUCUGUAUCAGAUGGAAAAAGUAAUGCCUAGCACUGGGAAGUGUUAUACAUGGGUUUUAUUUGAAAAUUCCAUUAUUAUCAGUCAUUGCUCUGAUUUGGUUUUUAUGAGAUUUUUUUUAAUAUCAGCAAAGACUUCCAUGGCAUGUUCUGAUAAUAGUGUAUGAUACAACAUGAAGAUGGUUAACUUCAUAGCAUGGGGGAGGUUACAUGCCCUUUGGUAACUUAGGAACUUACAACCAGCUUGCUUCAGUACAAGUCCAAGAGACCUCACUAGAAAAAGUGUAGACAAACUUGGAGAUUAAUCAGCCCAAAUUUAUGAGCCACAGUGGAAAAUCUGUUAAUUCAUCCUUUUUAUUUAGAAUUAAACAAGGAACUGUAUUGACAAUUAGAUUUUUCAAUUAUAAUGAUUCUGUAUUUGUGUAUAUGUGUGUGUACACACAUCCAUAUAGUAGCUACAAACCCAGCCACAGUCUUUGUUGCUGCUUUUUUAGGGAUAAGUUAAGGCAGUUCUCCAUACCCUGCAAUGUAGGCUUUUUUUUUUUUUUUAAAUUUUUCUUUGUCUCUAUGAAUUCCACGAUUUUCUCUGGAUUGUAAAAUUGCAGCUAUGUUUUUCUCCCACAACUGAUCUAACUUCUUUAUUUAUGGAAGUGAUGGACAUAAUGUAACCACAGCUGCAUGAGAUUUUUUUCACCUGAUGUUUAAAAUAUGAUUCUUGCUUUCUGUGAGGCCUCAGCUACAAAAGCCUGAUAAACUCAGAUUUUCAGGGCAACUAAAGAGAUCAAUCUUAGAAUCCAUCACUCUCUUAAGUGUUGCUGUUUCUGCUGUUCUGAAGGAUAACUGGGGUGAGGGAGACUGUGUAGAGUAUACCACAGAAAUAACGUUUUCAAGACAGACCUUCCCAUAGCAGUCAGGAUGUUUGAGCUUUGUUUGAAAUAUGGUUUUGUUCCAUUUAAACCAUCAACAAUGCAAGUUUUCUAAUAGUUUCCUAUUUUACACAAUGGCAAAGGGUGUCCUGUUGCAAAUAAGUUUUAAAUAUAUCAUAUUUCUGUCUGAAAGAUUUCUAUUUAUUUUUAAAAGAUGUGAGUUAAACUCUUGAAAUAGUUAUUUGUAAAAUAUGCAUUCUAUACACCUGCAUUCAGACCAGUUCCUACAACCAGUCUUGUCUCAGUUUUGUCUUUGUGACCUUGUGAGUAAGAAACUGAACCUAACUCAGGUAAGAUCCAAUAUUAGCAGUUGUUUUGUACCCCUUUUAUCCUCAACUUCAUGUAACACUAUGUAGAUUAUUUAUUUAAUGUGGCUGAGCUACCUGGUGUACAUGUCUCAUAUUAAUGCAUAUUUGGGAAGCAUUGUACAAGAGAUUGCCAGAAAACAGCAACUCUCUGACUUUCUCAUUCCUUGGACUCAUCCACCAGAAUCACAUGAAGAGCAGAUGGCCAUGACUAAGGGCAAUGAAGAACUUUGGUUUAUGGCAGCUUUAUGAAACCUUCACAUUGCUGACCCAAUGUGAAAGGACAGGAACAAAGAGCAGGAUAUGACACUGCAAUUCCAUUCAUUCCAUUUACAUUGGCAUGAAAUGUGCAAAGAACUUGUCGUUACAUUUCAGAGCACACAGAUAUGUUUUACAGCCCUUUGCUGGAUCCUUCAGUGACUGGUGAUCAGACUUCUUUUUUUCUUUUUACACUUUGUCAUUCCGUGUGCUGAAUAAGCAGUGUAUGGGUAGUUGUACCUUAUUUAGUAAAGUGGAUUUGGGUAUUUCUCACCUCUCAUCUUGGGGGUUGUUUUUUGCAACAUUUUAAUGUAACUGACCUUCACUUGGUACUAGUUUUAAAGUUGGGAGGCUAUUUCCAAGCCAUCACUAGAGUCUCUUCCUUCACAAGUCGUUUGUUAAUGUUUUAAAUUCCUCUUUACCUUACAUAACUUUGCUUUUAGAUUUCAUAUGGUCAGAUGAUCUUAUCUGAAGCCUGUCAAUGGAAUAUGUAUUGUUUUGAAAUUCACUGUGGGUUUUUUUUCCUCUACAUAGCCUUAUUUUUCACACUGACUCACAGCUGUGGAAUGUUAGAAUUUUAGACCCUUUGUUCUCACUAUGCAUUGUUGUUGAUCAUGUUUUGUUUCGUGUUUUUUUAAAAAAAAAAAGGGAAAAAAGCUUCAUUUUGAAAAUGUCAGCUAACAAGUAUAUGGAACACUUUGAAUAAUGUAUUGUGGGUUUGUUUUCCUUUUUUUCUUGCUUUAAUCGACCAAACAAUAAGUAUUGUUUUCUAUGUAUGAUAAAUGUAUCCUGGAAAUAAAUUCAUUGUUUGAUUGUUAA